AUAAAUCAAAAUUUAUGUUUGACAAACAAACUGACAGGAGUGACAAUUGAAUUUGUAAAAUUCGUGUUUGCAAAAGACUUGCAAAUUUUCUACAAAAUUGUUUAAAUUAACACGGAUUUUAUUUUUUUAAAUAUCAAUUCAAUAGAUUAUUAAAAUGGCUCGGCGUUAUGAUUCCCGUACUACCAUCUUCUCACCAGAAGGACGUCUCUAUCAAGUAGAGUAUGCCAUGGAAGCUAUCUCUCAUGCUGGUACAUGUCUUGGUAUCUUAGCUGAAGAUGGUAUCCUUUUGGCUGCAGAACGUCGCAACACCAAUAGGCUACUGGACAGCGCUAUCUUUUCGGAAAAAAUCUACAAGCUUAAUAAUGAUAUGGCAUGUUCGGUUGCUGGCAUUACUUCUGACGCAAACGUCCUCACAAAUGAGUUGAGAGUGAUUGCUCAGCGCUACCAGUACAAUUAUGGAGAGUCGAUGCCAUGCGAGCAGCUGGUCUCCUACUUGUGCGACAUCAAACAGGCAUACACCCAGUACGGUGGCAAGCGACCAUUCGGAGUGUCUAUCCUCUACAUGGGUUGGGACAAACACUACGGCUACCAACUAUACCAGUCCGACCCCAGUGGCAACUACGGUGGCUGGAAGGCAACUUGCAUUGGCAACAACUUUGGAGCUGCUGUGUCAAUGUUAAAGCAAGAAAUCAGCGAAACCGAAAAAAUUACACUUUCCGGUGCACAGGAUCUUGCUGUUAAGGUGCUGAGCAAAACCCUUGACACCAACAAGUUGACAUCGGACAAAGUUGAGAUGGCCACUCUGCAGCGAGUGAAUGGGAAGACUGUAAUUAAGAUUCUCACAACAGCCGAGGUGGAAGUUCUAAUUAAGAAAUACCAGAAACUUGAGGCGGAACAAGAAGCAGCAAAGAAAGAAAAACAAGCUGCCCAAAAAUCUUAAGAAAUGACACACGUUUUUUUUAAAGUCUGUAAAGGGAUGAAGGGUGAAUUUCCAUUGAACGUAUAAUUGUUUAAAUAAUUAUUUUGUAAAGCUUUGAUAUAGUUUUCAAGCGCAUUUGAAUAAAAAUAAAAUUAAUCAAAAAUCAA